AUGUUUGAUGUUGCUCUGUUGUCUGCAGGGGCGCACAUAGCCUUGGCCACAUCCAGCGAUGAGAAGCACCCCCCGGAGCAUAUGCUCGACGGAAAUUCAGAAACAUUUUGGUCAACAACAGGGAUGUUCCCACAGGAAGUGGUCAUAAAGUUUCAAGCCCUGAUGAAAAUCACCAAUGUUCAUAUAUGUUCAUAUAACAUUCACAGGAUAAGGCUGGAAAUUUCAGAAACAGAUGACAGCAACAAGUAUGAACUUUUGGCAGAACGAGAACUGGAGGCUACAGAUUCUCAACUUCAGCAGGAAGAAAUCCAGUUUGGAGAACGACGAGCCACCAAUCUGAGAAUCAUCAUUGAAUCCGGCUAUGAUCAUUUCAUCUCACUGCAUAAAGUUGUUGUCAGUGGACAGGCAGUGCAUCGCUAG